CUUCUGAACUCCAAACACCACACCCUCUUUACCAUCUACUCAAUUCACCCCACCCCCCAAUGCCACCCUCCAGGCCCUGUCCAUAGCACUGCAGCAGCCCUGCUGAUAGGGUUUCACUCUCUCUGGGGCGAGGAGGAGGGCAGGCAGUACAAUACAAUCUGUGGGACACAAAUCCACCUGGGAAUCUAUAUUCCGCUUCCUCUGACACACACACCUUUUCUAGGACCUUCUGGGACCUGUCUCUUCCUGUGGAUACUUGGGUCUUAGCCAUGCCUCUCACAACUCCUGCCCCUUCUAACAAGAGGAAGAAGGCCAACAAGAUCAUCACUGACCUGUCCAACAUCAGCCAGAAUGAUGAUGAGUCAGACCACGAGGCUGCCGAGCUCGACCUGGGCACCAAGAUCAAGACGCCCAAGGAUGUGAUGCUGGAGGAGCUCUCCCUGGCAAAGAACAAGGGUUCCAAGAUGUUCAGGAUGAGACAGCAGAGAGUUGAGAAGUUCAUUGUGACCAAUGAGAACAUGAACCUCCAGAACCUGCUGAUGUCCCCUCCCCCAAUCCCACCAAAGCCCGAGAUGCCUAAAGAAGAAGUGGUGGAGAAAACAGUGGAUGAGGAGGCGGAGAAGGAGAUGAGGAGGAAGGAGUAUGUACGCACCUAUGUAUCGCCAUGGGAACGGGCCAUGAAGGGUAACCAGGAGCUGACAGCCACCAUGAAGGCCUCCAUGCCAGGACCCAUCCAGAUCCACCCAGAACUGCCUCAUUACAAGAGCUUCAACAGGACGGCGCAGCCAUACGGCGGCUACGACAAGGCGUCCAAGAUGCUGACCUUCGAGCUCCCGGAGAUCAACACCGCCACUGAGGAGCCGGAACCUCUGCCCAACCUGCAGGCCGACAUCCGUUCACGCCCCUCGUUCAACCGCACACCCAUCGGCUGGGUCUGCAAUGAGGACAGCUCAAACAUCCACAUGGACCUGGACAACAUGCCCUUUGACGGAGAGACAGACGACCUGUGAACACGCAUGCAUGUAGCCUGAAUCACACACACAUCCAUUAAAGUACAUGCACACACACACUCACUCACACGAGAGCAUAAAGGCAGAUCAUAAUUUACAGCACAUACACUGACAAGAGAUGCACCGUUAGAACUGCUGAAGCUCCCGUGAACACAUGUUGAAAUGUACUUUUAUUGCAUGGAAAACAAAACGAUUUAAAAACGACUUGAUGGAAAAGGACUAAGUAUCUCCCCUGGUCUCCUGUGUGCUUUCUUACCUUUUCAUCCUCCACUAUGAAUGAGUCUUACUAUGAUUUUUGCAUACUGUGAGCUAAUGUGAGACCUGCGUGAACAGAAACAGAUAAGCACUCUGCACUCUUAAAACAAUGUAUUUACGCAAUAAAGUUCCCCUUUACAGAA